UUUUUAAUAUAAUUGUAAACACUCAUGUGCCGCUUAAGAACUGUGUCAUUAGAUUAUUCUAUUGUGCAAACAUCUUAAAGGCACGUACACAGACCUGGGUGGUGUAGCCUACUGCACACCUGGGCGGCAUGGCAGAGCCUCCUGCUCCUGGGCUACAAGCUGUACAGCAUGUUGUUGUAUAAAACACAAGGUUAAGCCACAGGAAUUUUUCAGCUCCAUUAUAAUCUACAGGACCACUGUCCUGUACAGUCCAUGGACUGCAUAUCUGAUAUUUAAAGUGUUCUACAUGAUGACUUGAUAUACAUGCAUUGUGGAAAGGUUACCAAGUCAAGGUAAUUAACACAUCCAGAGAAGACAUACAAAUGGCCAACAGGUAUUUGAAAAGGUGGUUCAACAUCACCACCAGGAGAAUGCAAAUCAAAGCCACAAUGAGUGUUUAUUUUUCCUAAAAGAUUUCUGGGCAACUCGAGAGUACAGCCUGUGUUUUUCCCAUCUUUAUAGUCUCCAUAAUGCUGAGCAGAGUUCACUCUUAGUAGAAGGUCCAUAUUUAGUGUAUGAAUAAGCAACUGGACCUGGACCCAGAGCUGCCCCCGGCAUCUGUCAGAAGCACUCGCCUGUUCUCAGUGCUCUUUUCCUGGGUUCCAGAGUAUAACUUCUAAGUAUUAUUGACUCUCAUGCAACUGUCACCUAGUCAUUUAAAUCUACACCAUUUAGAUGUUUUAAUAUUCAGGGUAUUUGGGAAAUUUUUACAUGGUAUAUGCAACCAUAAAAUUUAAUCAUCUAAUCAAAUAUCAUUUUAAUACAACAUAAACAUAACAGUUUAAUUCACAUCAGCCGUUCUAAUGUAGACUACAAACUCACCCAUUGUGUUCUUUCCCUUUCCUAGAAAAGUACCAUAAUGAUAACCUAGGCGUAGCACUUUUUUCUGUCAGUGGCUUAUAGAAGUUUUUUGAUUUGUAAACAAACCUGUAGACUAUAUAGGGUAGGUGUUUCCCUACUUUAAAAACAAUCAAACAAAAGGACAAAGAAGUUGCAUAAUUUACAAGAAGUCAGAAGCUAAUUACUGAGAAAGUCCAGGCUAACUUAAUAUCAUGGGCAUGAUAAUUCUGUAUUUUUCAUUACUUUAAAAUAAUUAUGUGUUGUUUUUUCUAGUGAAAGAAAUGAUGUCUUAAGAGAAGCUGAGAUUUUACACAAAGCUAGAUUUAGUUACAUUCUUCCAAUUUUGGGAAUUUGCAAUGAGCCUGAGUUUUUGGGAAUCGUCACUGAAUACAUGCCAAAUGGAUCCUUAAAUGAGCUCCUGCAUCAGAAAACGGAAUAUCCUGAUGUUGCCUGGCCGCUGAGAUUCCGCAUCCUCCACGAAAUUGCACUGGGCGUGAAUUACCUGCACAAUAUGAACCCUCCUCUACUGCAUCAUGACCUGAAGACUCAGAAUAUCUUAUUAGAUAAUGAGUUUCAUGUUAAGAUCGCAGAUUUCGGUCUAUCGAAGUGGCGCAUGAUGUCCCUGUCACAGUCGCGAAACAGCAAAGCUGCGCCAGAAGGAGGCACCAUCAUCUACAUGCCCCCUGAAAACUACGAGCCUGGGCAGAAAUCCAGGGCCAGUGUCAAGCAUGACAUAUACAGCUAUGCAGUUAUCACAUGGGAAGUCUUAUCCAGAAAACAGCCUUUUGAGGAAGUAACCAAUCCUUUGCAGAUUAUGUACAGUGUGUCCCAAGGACACCGGCCGGACACUGGUGAAGAAAGCCUACCACCUGAUACACCUCACCGAGCACGGAUGGUCUCACUCAUAGAAAGUGGAUGGGCCCAGAACCCCGAUGAGAGGCCGUCCUUCCUCAAAUGUUUAAUAGAACUUGAACCAGUUCUGAGAACAUAUGAAGAGAUAAGUUUUCUUGAAGCUGUUUUGCAACUAAAGAAAACAAAGUUACAGAGUGCUUCGAGUACCCUUCACUUAUGCGGCAAGAAGAAAAUGGAGUUACCUCUGAACAUCUCUCUAAAUCAUGCUCCACAAGAGGAAUCAUGUGGAUCCUCUCAGCUUCCUAAAAGUGGUGGUUCUCCCGGAACCUCCAGGUUCCUGUCAGCUCCUCAAGACAACGAUUUUUUAUCUAGAAAAAAACAGGACCCCUCUACCCUGCUCCACCUCCCGGCAAAUCAUAGCUGGGACAACAUGUCUGCAGCUCAGACAGCCACCUUCUGUGACCACAAGACCGCCCUGUGUUCUUUAGCAAUAAACCCACUCUCAGCUGUGGGAAAUUCAGAGCGACCGCAGCCUGGAGUGGCCCAGCAGUGGAUCCAGAGUAAAAGGGAGGACAUUGUGAGCCAGAUGACGGAAGCCUGCCUCAACCAGGUGCUGGACGCCCUCCUGUCCCGGGACCUGAUCAUGAAGGAGGACUAUGAACUCGUCAGCACCAAGCCCACCAGGACCGCAAAAGUCAGGCAGUUGCUGGACACCACUGACAUCCAAGGGGAGGAGUUUGCCAAAGUGAUAGUGCAGAAGCUGAAGGACAACAAGCAGAUGGGCCUCCAGCCCUACCCGGAGACGCUGCUCGCUUCUCGGUUUCCGUCCUUAAAUUUAUUUCAAAAUAAAAGCUUGUAGGUGACUCUUUUUCAAGAAGAAAAGUUAGUUUAUUAAAAGGCAUUUUAUAUUUCUGUGGUCCUGAUCAGACUGUCACUGUGAAGUCCAUGUGAGUAUUUGUAGCUCUAAUGAAGUUUCUCCUUCAGGUAAAUUUUAUUUUCUGUGACAUUACAGUAUUUUUAAAAAUUAAAAUAGUAGAAAGUUUGCAUUUG